GAAGCUAAAGCUUUCGCCAAGGAGGUACAGCAAUAUAAAAAUAUUCCUAAUUGGAUUUUUCAAAACUUUUGGCUGCAGAUUAUCGAUGGAGCUCGCAAACUCCAAGCCCAAGUUGUAGCUGGCAACAAGCCAAAUCUCGCCGAACUGAAGGAGAAGGCCCAGAGUGCCAUCAACAAGUACAAGGCCCUGUCCGAUGCUGCCAAGGAAGACCUCCAGAAACAAUUCCCAAUCCUCACCUCCGUCUUCAAGAGACGCAUGGCAGAACCAAGCACCGUCAACAGACAACAGAGCCGUGAUUUAUCUUCAUUUGUUCGAGGCAUUACUUCCCCACUGAAUUAUUUAUAGCU